UUAGUCUAUUUAAUGAGCUGUCAGACAGAUAAUGAACCACCACCUAUCAGUUUGUAAACAGAACUUUCGAAAUGACCAAGUUAAAUGGACUAUGUGUGAUUUUAAUAAGUGAACUUUUGGUUUUUAUUGGGGCCCAGCAAGAUUUCCUAAGUUAUCCAACGUACAAUUACAAUUAUAACUUCAGUAGGCCAAACAUAGACAAUUUCCACCAAUAUCCAUAUCCCCAAUACACACAAAACAACCAAUAUGAUCCUGGUGUGAAUGACCAGAAGUACAGAACAUUUUGGUACAAAAAUAGGAGAUAUGGGCAGCCCAAUAACCAUUACGGUUGGAGGCCAGGAGAUCCUAGAUAUGGAAAAGAUGAGAGUUAUGUGUAUGAUAAAUAUGGGAAUCAGGAACAAAUAUUGCCUGGUGUUUUGGCGGGAUGGAGGGAAGACUUGCAGGGUAAGCAAAGGGCUGAAACAAAGAACCAAAGGAAAGAUAUAACAGUAAAGACUAUACACGGAGACGUCCAAGGUUUUAUGGUUGAUAUUUAUGAUGAUCCUGAUCCUGAGUCAAAUUAUAGGCCAGGUUCUGACUUUCUAGAUAGAAAAAGGGGCGAAACAUCUGUUUUUCUUGGUAUUCCAUAUGCUGAACCUCCCAUCAAUAAAGCUCGUUUCAAGCCUCCACGUUGGCAUAAGGGGUGGGAAUUACUUCAAGCAGUUGACUAUGGGCCUGCAUGUCCACAGCCAAAGCAAUAUACAGAAGGAAUUAGAUAUAUUGAUGAGGAUUGUUUGUACCUUAACGUUUAUGCACCCCCUCUACAAGAAGGUGUGGGACAAAAGUACCCAGUAAUGUUCUACAUUCAUGGGGGUGAUUUUAUACAUGGAGCUUCAAAUCAUUUUCCAGGACAUAUUUUGGCCACUUUUUAUAAGGUUGUUGUGGUGACCAUAAAUUAUAGGUUAGGUGCUUUAGGCUUCUUGAGCACAGGUGAUAUAAAUUCACCUGGUAAUUAUGGUAUACUUGAUCAGGCUAUGGCCUUACGGUGGGUUUAUGAGAACAUUGAAAGUUUCAAUGGGGAUCGUGAGAGAAUUACCUUAUUUGGUCCUGGUGCUGGUGCCGCAUCUGCUGGUUUGCUUAUGGUCUACAAGGAAACUAGGGACAUGAUCAAUAAUGUUAUUGCUCAGAGUGGUUCUCCCUUGGCAGACUGGUCAAUGAUAUUCGAUAAGUAUAGGGUUCAAAACACUAGCCGAGUAUUCGGCAGAGUUCUAGGGUGUGGCUUUGAGUCCUCAUGGCAAUUGGUGAAUUGCUUAACAAAUGCAAGAAGUUUUAAUGACAUAGGAAAUGCUGAAUUUCCUCCUGAUGUAGGUUUAUUUCCAUGGGCACCCGUUAUAGAUAUGAACUUCACUGCUCCUUACUAUGAGGGCUGGAAUGAAAAAGACUGGCAUUUCCUUCAUUUCAAACCUGAGGAUUUAAUCAGAAAUAGGGGUUACAACAGGAGAAUUAGUUACAUGACUGGAGUCACCCUGCAGGAGGCUGCUCACUUCAUAACUUCCAAUAAGAGCCUUGAACCUGAUUUCAUUGUUACACAAGAAUUUUUCGAUACAAAAGUAAGGGAACUGGUUAAAAGAUAUAAUUAUACAUUGAACCCCAAUGGUACAUACGAAGCAAUAAAGUACAUGUAUACCUACUGGCCUGACCCUCAUAAUACUACAUUCAUUCGUGAAAAAUAUAUACAGCUGCUGACAGAUUUCCUUUACAUUGCUCCAAAUGAUAAAAUGAUCAAAUUACUGGUGGAACAAGACAUUCCAGUGUAUAUGUAUGUACUCAACACAACUGUUGAAUCCUACAGUUAUCCAGAAUGGAGAAAAGUGCCCCAUGAUAUUGAACACUACUUGUUAUGUGGUGCCCCAUUCAUGGACGUGGAAUUCUUUCCUAAGCAAAAUUUCACAAGAAAACAAUGGACCAACAAUGACAGAAACAUGAGUCAUUUCUUCAUGAAAGCUUUCACAGAUUUUGCAAGAUAUGGGAAUCCCACUUACACACAGAUUCUUGGGUUACAUUUUGAAAUGGCCCAGUUUGGCAUGUUGAAAUAUCUCAAUUUGAAUACCACCUAUAAUUCUACCAUCAAAUGGAAUUUUAGACAGACGGAAUCCGCAUUUUGGACCCAAUACAUUCCCACUGUUGUUGGGCACCUGGUGCCUACAUAUCCACCAACAACUGAGUUCUGGUGGGAACCAACAGCACCUUUACAAAUUGCAUUUUGGGGGGUUUCUGCAACUUGUUUAUUACUCAUUGUGUUUUUGGUAGUAUGUUGUUUGUUGUGGCAAAAUGCCAAAAGGCAAAUUGACAGGAAUUAUAAUAACAUGUAUAUGGUAUAUGAAAAUGGCCAGGACACUGGAAUAGAUAAUGUUAGAGGCUCAGAUUAUGAUUACAGGGAGAAAUUACACACACCGUCUGCUUCUUUGAGAAAAAACAGUGGAUCACCACUUUCAACUGAUAUGACUCUUGGUGAUGUUCAAAGUGUAAUGAGUGAUUUAACUGUUGACCCUUACAGAGAUGGUGCAACUUCCAAAUUAAAAAGUGCAAAAACCAAUUACAUGCAUGAUAUUCCUCAAACAGAUGUUUGAGUAUUUUCGUCCGAACAAUAUUGAUUUGAAUCAUGUAUCAAGUGAAAUGAAUCCUGUCCUUCAAGGUAGAACUUGGACCUUUAGAAAUAAAACAAACAUCACAGUAUUAGAAUGAGCAGCUUCUGGUAACAAAACUAUUGUCCAGUUGGGAAAUGGUUUAUGUUGAAGGUGCAAUACAGAAUUUGGGUAUUGAAAGUCGCCUUAUUGUAGAUCAACUAUUUUUAUAAAAACAGGAUUUAUAUAUUUUUACAAUUUUUUUUAGUAUUUAUAGACUUAAAUAUCUGCCUUCUUUGAUUAUACGAAUAAUAUGUGUUUUAUACUACCACUUGUGUUCUUUUAGGGUGAUUCUUCAAAAUGAUUAACAGAUGUAUUGUCUGAAAUAUUCUAAAUUCGAAUUCUGUUUUUAUCGAUAAGAAUAUCGCACAAACUGUCCGUCCAUUGUAUGUACUUCAGGUUUUUAACAUUCCAUUGUUGUUAAAGUAUUAAGUAUUUUACAUAAGAAUUUUACUUUUUGACUGCCAUAAAAAUUAUAUAAUAAAGAAAUAAACCAUUAUCAAAUUUG